AUGUCCUGCCAACAGGCUACUCAUGCAACUGAACGCCUGGGGUCAUUAUCGAAUGGCGACGAUUCAAAGAAGAAUGACUUUAAGUUGGUUAUACUCGGAGGAGGAGGUGUUGGUAAGACUGCCUGGAUCGAACGGGUACCUCGAGCGAAAAUCUUUCGCACUCGUGCUAACCUUCCUCAGGCGCUGCACGGGACGUAUACCGAUCAAUUCGAUCCGACUAUCCACGAUACAUAUUACCAUUCCCUGUCGGUGCGAGGCCACGCCUGCGCCCUAGAGAUUCAUGACAUUUCCGGACUGGAUUUAUACGAUAAUUAUACUUUGGUUAGAAGCGCGGACGCCUUGGUCCUCGCGUACAGUGUUACGGAUAAAGAAUCAAUGUGGACCAUCUGGGACUGGGCCGCAAAAGGUGUGAUGGAUGGCAUUCCCUCCGCUUUGAUUGGAACCAAGCUCGACAUGAGGCAUAUAAGGCAGAUUUCAGUCCAUGAAGGAAGUCUCUCCGCGCGUCAGCUUGGGGCCGAGUUUUUCUCGGAGGUAUCUGCAAAGGAAGGGACCGCUGUCGAUGACAUUCUCCCGAAACUGACAGCUCUCUUGAUGACCGAGAUUUGGGGAGAAGCUGCGGGUGCUGCACGGGUAAGAAAGUCCCUUGCGAGCAAACGUGAUACAUGGCUCAAGGAACGACGUCCUAUGAAAACGGUACACCUGGCACAAAAGACGAGUGGUGCAACAUUGGUGAAACUUCCCGCCAUUUGUAAGAUAGAGAGCGAAUACCUCGUGAGACAGUUCGAUUACGCACUUUUCUAA